UAGGCACAUACAGUAAUACCCAAAGAUUUACAUGUACACGGGCGGACUGACCAGUUGGAAACUCGGGCACUGCCCGAGGGCCCGGGGUCAGUAGGGGGCCCCAUGAGAUGCCCAUGGUACCUUUUUCAUAGGCUGUUUUUCAUUUGGGCAAGGACACAGGGGCCCCAUGAUCCCCUAUUGCCCGGGGGCCCCAUGAGUUGUCAGUCCGCCCCUGCAUUCCACCCCUGAUAAUUAGUACACAGCUUUUGAGAGCCACGACAAUUGAAGC